CGCCGAAAGGUAGAAGAAGCAGAUACAGAUAUAAACAAACAGCUGUGCAGACAACAAUCGGUUAAACAAAAUUACACAGAAUUGUGCAAAACUUCUGUUAAGUACUUAAAUAUUGCUAAAGAUGACCUCUCCACUCGAAAACUUGGAAACGCAACUUGAAAUGUUUAUUGAGAAUGUGCGGCAAAUACGUAUAAUCGUUAGCGACUUUCAGCCACAGGGCCAAAACGUUCUCAAUCAGAAAAUCAACAGUUUGGUAACCGGUUUGCAGGAAAUUGACAAAUUGCGGCCCCAAGUGCAGGAUGUAUAUGUACCCUUCGAGGUGUUCUUCGAUUACAUCGACCAGGAUAAGAAUCCUCAGCUUUAUACAAAGGACUGUGUGGAAAAGGCGCUUGCCAAAAAUGAAGAGGUAAAGGGCAAAAUCGAGAGCUUGAAAAAGUUCAAAGCAAAUCUGCUACUGGAAUUGUACAAGACAUUUCCCACCGAAAUGAACAACUACCGAGCUUACAGAAAAGACUCAAUCUAAAUAAUAGUUUUGUAAGCCUGAAA